GCAGGUAGUUCAUCUUGUCAGUUUGCCAUCGGUGAUUUGUCUAGAACACUUGCUUUCUUUUUUUGCUUUCCUCCUCCAACAUUUUGAUAAGUCGCAAGCUGUGCAUCCAGCAACUUAUGAACAGUUGAGUUGUUGCAUGUCAUCUUCGGUCGAGAAAGUAAUUCUUUAAAAGUGACAUCUUUGAAUAAACCCAUCAGACGAGAAAUGGUCGUAUAGACGCUGUUGAUACAGAACUAAUCCGGAAAUAUUCAUGGUUUUGGAUAAAUUUCCAGGCAUAUUCUGGUCAGGAGCCUAAACAUAACGUUUGCAGACAUGGCAAAUAAUGGUCUUACCAUUCCCGAUGACGGAUAUGACUUUUCGAAGAAGAAAUUGAGUGUCAACCUGAGCCAUGUGUCUCUGACAAGUAUCCAAACACCCAGUAGUGACAAGAAACAAUCUGCCCUGGUAUCCGUCAAAAUGGGCCUUUGUAAUAUCUCGCCCUAUUCCAAAAAAGGAAAACACCUCCAAAUCCUGAAGAUGGUUUUGUUUCCACUUCUUCCUGCUGCGGCAUUGUUGAUCUUUGUCAGUGUUGAACUGGACUCUACAUUGCGCGAACGGGACAAACUAGAGGCAUCCAGGAGAGAAAUAGCUCUCUCGAAAAGCGUUGGAGAACUGAUCCACAGCAUACAGGUCGAACGCUCGGAAGUUACCCUCUUUAUCGUAAAAUCCGAAAACAUGACGUCCACAGAAUCCAUUGUCUGGGGGGAACGUCUUCAAGACUGUUACAAUAGAACAGAUGAUGCCCUUGCCAACCUACUUGAAUGGCCUCUGAAAAAUUCAGAAGAGUCUAAUAUGUACGACUCGAAGGGGACGUUUCAGUUGUAUUUGGAUGAAGAACGAGACAUUUUAUCUUCCGUUGACGUUGCAGAGGAGAUCCUUUUUUAUUCCAAUAUCAACAAGGUUUUGAUUGAUUGGUUCAUUGAUACACUCCGAGAGAAUGUCCACGAAGGUCUUUGGAAUGAGAUCGUAUCCUAUCAAUUCUUGGUCCAAGCAAAAGAGAAUGUAGGACUUCUUAUGGCCUACGGAGAAGAGGCGUUUUUGAAUCGAACACUCCGAAAUGAGGACUUUUUAUCCUUCAUGAAAAACGAUAUCCUUCUCACCUACAAUCUCGCAUCAUCUUUUAAAUUUUCCGGCGGCUACGCCAAGGACUUCUACGAGACCCUCAUCAUAACUUCUGGGAUUGAAACUACUGUGCAAAUCAUGAGGGAUGAAAUCGUACGAACUCUAAGUGCUAACUCUUCAGGUAUAAUUACCUUAUCAUCAACAGACUGGUUCGGGAACCUCAGCGGGUAUCUCAAUGGCCUCAAGAAAGUCGAGGAUGUCGUGAUUGAUCACAUCGACGACAUCAUCGAUGACAGCAUCAGUGUUAUCAUAGACGAAGUAAUCAUUGACGGUAUCCUAUUCGGAAUCAUUGCCCUCGUGGCGCCAAUCAUCAUAUUCUUUGCCAUCAGGACCACAUCGAAGAUCCAGGCCUAUGCCUUUGGACUAACCGUGAAGACCAAACAGCUGGCCAGUGAAAAGAAGAGAAGCGAUUCCCUGCUUUAUAGAAUGCUUCCAAGAACAGUGGCUCAACAGCUCAAACUCAACAUGACUGUCCCGGCUGAGAAUUAUGACAGUGUUACUAUCUACUUCAGCGACAUUGUGGGUUUCACCAAGCUUUCAGCCAUCAGUAGCCCGAUGCAGGUCCGUAGAGAAAACCUAAGAUUUAGUCUUGAGAGAGAAUCUGCUGACCAGAUUAAUUUUAGGUGUUAA